UUUUACGCAGGGCAGAAUUGGCGUGGCUGUAGUUAGGUUCGGCAAUACUGCCACGCGCCGCCUGCGAUUGGCCUGACCGGCCCUUUUUUUCUCCCUCUCCACCACCACCGCCUCACUCAUCGCCCGAAACGAAGAACUUCCAACGUCCACUCUGCUCGAUUUCCGCCCGCGUCCCAAACCACCCGUCUUCAUCUCCAGCGCCUUGUACACACGAAGCUACGCCACGUAUUACCUCCAGCAAGCUCUUCUUCCUCUUACAUCUUGAACCAUCGUUUUUAACUUCUCUUUACCCCCCGUGCUCGUCGUCUGACAGCUCGCCUUAUUUUUUUAAUUUGUUCUUCGCCGGUAACCGCGACACACACACCCCCAAAAUCCCAAAUUCUCCAUUGCUGUCUACACGUCUUUUGUAGACGUCUGUGGAUAACCAAUAUCCCAGAGUUAGCUAGUACAUCAUGCCUUCACCUCUUCCAUCGAGUUUUGCCUCUGCGGCAGCUGGUAACGCCCAUGAUUCUGGUUUAAGAAAAGACGGAAUCGGCGGUGGGGAAUGGUCUCGCACCCGUAUGAACGGAGCUACCCAAACCUUCCGCCGUCCGUCCCUUGCAACUAACAAUUCUCACACCCGAGAGACCGCGCAAACCACGUCCUCUACCUCUACCCCUCCCGUUGCAGCCUAUAUUCCCCCCCACCUUAGUUCUAAUUAUCAGCCCAGCUCCCCGCGUAGCAACCCCAAUGAUAGCAGGUACUCCAAGGACCAACUUCUAAAUCUCUACAAGAGUCAACAGGACCCAGGGAGCUGGGGGAAACAUAUAUCCGAUUAUUUUAUGGCCGACUGGAAUCCCCGCGAUGAAAUCCCCACGUCCGUUAAUGGUAGUUGGACUAAACGGGAGGACAUGAAUGACGGAACCACUGGUCCUGAGGUUUGCUGGGAUCAUAGCGGACAGGUUCAGCCCUUGGCAUUGACUGAAAUGAACGAUGAAGAAAAAGAUUUAUUUUCUGGCUCUGUCAACUCCCCGCUGAAACCCCCUCCUCAGAGCGGAUCAAAGGAUGCCUCCGGUGCCGUCAAUAUCGCCCGUAAGGGAUCCGUGUCCCAUUCCCAGUCCCAUCUUGGAUCCUUCAACACGUCAUCUCCUGGAUCUGCGCGAACUGUCCCGCGACGCCGUGGCACUGGAGAUUCUUCAGGAAAUCCCAUGUCCCCCACGGGUACUUCUCGUUUCUUCCGGGACGAUAUAACUAUAUCAACCCCACCACCCUCGCUGCUUCGCCGAAAGACCGAUUUCCGAGAAGCAGAAGCAAAACUAGACGAGAGGGAUAAGGAAAACAGUGGUCGCGAUGCUGACCUUGGUAUAAGCUCUCCGUUUGGCACCUUGAAGCGUAGCACCACGGGCCCUAUCGGCACAAGUUCAAAUGCCUCAACUUCCCCAUGGCCAUCCUCAUCCCACGGUUCAGCAUUUUCGCCAAUGGGCGCAUUUGGCAACUUUUCCCUGGGGCCGAUGAGCGGCAGUGCCGGAGCUAGUGACAAAAAGUCCGGCUUCGGUAGCCUGCGGGGGGAAAGUCGGUUCAAGGGUCUGUUGUCUAAGGAUAGCUCAGAAGAUAUUGGAUCGAGUAUUAAAGAGAAAUCGUCUUUAUCUGCCCUGGAUCGCCUCCCUGAAGUUGAGGAUUCGAGUCCGCCACCACCACAACAGCAGCAACCACCGUGGGGAGAAGGCAUAAAGACACGUCCGGCUCGCAGUGAGACUAACCCAUUUGGUGAUGAACCACGGAGCGGAAGUGCGGCGCUUGGUGGCCAGGACCUUGAUGCUCCAGCGACUUCAACUUCUGCGCCAGGGAUCGAUCAGUUUGGCCUCUCCUUCGGAAUGGCAUCGAGUGGACCCACUUUCCGAGACAUCGUAAACCAGCAAAGCCAACCAGCUCAGACUCCCAAUCACCAUGCCCACGAGCCAAUGAGCCCAACCAAUACGAACCCCUACCAAAGUCCACAUGGCGAGAGGGCCGAUACUGACGACAUCGACACAGACGGUUCUGAUAUCCAACAUGCCCAUCUGCCAGGCCUGAGUGACAUCCCUGAAGAUCCUGGAAUGAGUGGGUUUGGUUCUAUCCGUCGAGGUGGGUCGACGGUAGACGCAUCAGCGGGUGAUCGUAGCCAAACCUCGAGCGUCGGUGCAGGCCGGGGUUUCCCAAAUUUGACCGGUCUAGGUGGCAUGUCAUCACUCGGGUCUGCUGGCGGCUGGCCUACUAGCGCAGCUUCUGGUACUCCCACCCGGGAGCGAACUGGCUUUGGGUCCGGAUUCGGCGAUCCUAUUUUUGGAUCAAUGGCAGAUUUGCAGUCCCCUAGCCUGGCGACUCUUGGUGGAGGUGGCUUUUUUGGAUCACAUACUAGCCUUCCUAGUGCUAGUCGCACAAGUAAAAUGGGAUCUCUAUUUCCUCCCGCAAUGCAGGACCAAAUGCGUGGUGAACAAGCACGCCCGGAUUCCACUGGAAUUGAAAGUUCGAUGAGGCAGCAGGGUGAUAACAGGAAUGUUUCCAGUACCAGCCCCUUUGACACUGGCAUUACGAGGAGAGACACUGACCAAGCUACUCGUUCUGGCGGUCUCUUCUCUCCCCUUGGUGGCAUUGACCUUGGAAGAGAGGCCUUUUUAUCCGGCGAUAAACCUGGCCCGGGAAGUCAACCCAUUUCGGUUCCAUCUUCCCAGCCCCCUGCACCAUCCACCACCGCACAAAGUUCAAUUCCACCUUCCCAAUCCUCUGCGGACGGCACUUCCCAGCCUGGUCAAAGCCAUUCCAGUGCGAGUUCAUCAAACACCCAGCUUCCAACAUCGCAACAGCGACAAAUGGUGAUGCCAGAUCGCAUGCGCUGGAUCUAUCGCGACCCCCAAGGCAACACCCAAGGGCCGUGGUCUGGACUCGAGAUGCACGAUUGGUUCAAAGCAGGUUUCUUUACCGCAGAACUUCAAGUGAAGAAGUUAGAGGAUGCGGAGUAUGAACCACUUGCUCAACUUGUUCGGCGUAUAGGCAACUCUCGAGAGCCUUUCCUUGUACCCCAGAUCGGAGUUGCUCACGGCCCCCCUUCCAAUCAAACUGGUCCUUGGGGUGCAUCGGCAUCUCAAUCUGGUGUCGCGCAGCCUCCGUUCCCUACCAGCUUCCCCAGUUUUGGCACAACUCUUACCGCUGACCAGCAAAAUGCGCUGGAAAGGAGAAAGCAGGAGGAACAGUAUUUGAUGGCAAGGCAGAAAGAACAUCUUGCCCAGCAACAAGUCCUUAUGAAGCAGAUGGCCAUGCAGAAUACUCCUCAUACUACCAUGCAUCCCCAGCUACAACACCACUCCAGCGCCCACAGCCUCCACAGCCAGCCAAGUUUUGGCAGCAUCACCUCACCAGGAGGGUACCAGCCAUCUCCUAUCCAAGGGCCCAUCCAACCACCUCAAGCCGUCCCUGGUUAUUUCGAACCCGCUAUGCGACAACCGAACAUGCCCAACGUGCCGCCUCAGAUGCUUCCACAGGAUAUGAUGGCUGGCCAGGAAGAGCUCCCAAGUUUGGUUGAUCGUUUGAACAUCAAUCGCCAGUCUCAGUUCCCCUUCAAUACCGGCCCUUCUUUUGGGGCAAGGCAACAAGAAAAUGUCGCGCAGUCUCAGCAAGUUGCAACCAUGCUCCAAGAUAGAGCUCGUUUACAGCAGGAACAAGAGCAAUUUGACAAAGCCAAGGGAGAUUCUAUGUUUGACCAACAAGCCCGCGAUGAACGUUUGCGGCAGUUUCAUGCGCUAAGACGGCAAACAGAUGAUGACAUUGUUAGAAGGACUGAAGGGCUGCCGACACAUCCCCCGACAAUGCCAGCUGGAGACGAAUUUGAGCGCCAUGAUGACAUUUCCAAACCAGGAAUGCAACAACCCCCGAAACAGGAACACACUCAGCAACGAGGGCAAGAACCCCUCUCUCUCUCUCAACAGGUACAAAAGGCAGCAUCUGCUCAGCGACAGCGACAGCAUCAGCAGCAACAGCAAACACAGACUCCAACCGUUCAAACGGAGUCCCCGUGGGUUAAAGUAGAUAGCGGUAUGCCUCAACCUUUCCCGCCACCACCAUCACAGUCCCCCCUCCCGGCUCCUGCUGCACAACGCAAUCGACAAAAUGUUGCAGAUACUCUAGCAGCAAGUUCCAGAUCGCAGAACCAGACACCAAUUGAGACCCCAACCACGUCAAUCGCUCCGUGGGCAAAGGAAACCAUCGAGGCACCAAGAGGACCUUCUUUGAAGGAAAUCCAAGAAGCCGAAGCUCGCAAAGCCGCUAAACUGGAGGAGGCUGCAGCUGCUGCCAGACGUGCACUUGCAGAACAGGAACGUGCAAAUCAACCCCCGGCUCCAGCUCCAGGGCUACCAUCAACUGCGAACUGGGCGAGUAGUGGGUCUCCCGCCACACCUCCAUCCGCCGCUGGUUCGGUAUGGGCGAAGCAGCCUGGAGGCGGAAAACCACAACCUAGUGCAACCGUUUCUGCGCCCAAGAAGACGCUAGCCCAAAUCCAGAAGGAGGAGGAGGCUCGCAAACAGCGUCUGACUGUAGUAAACAAUCCUCAGGCUGCUGCUGCUGUAAGCUCACCAGUCGCUUCUGCGGGUAAGCGCUAUGCCGAUCUUGCAAGCAAGGUUGCAUCACCAACAGCGCCCGCAGGAGCUUGGACAACAGUUGGAGCUGGUGGAAAGGCAAAACCUCCACCUACCGCACCGGCUGGGCUAAGAACCAUUCCUGUGGCCCCCGCGGCGGCAGCAAAACCGAGACCAACCGUCCUCACAAGACCAUCCGCGCUGGGUUCGGCUCAGGUUACCAAUACAAAUAAGCCAGUUGAGGAGCUUAUGAAAUGGGCUAAGAAUGCCUUGGGCAAGGGGCUGAAUAGCUCUAUCAAUGUCGACGAUUUCGUCCAACAACUCCUUCUCCUCCCCCCUGAGACAGAAAUUAUCUCCGACUCAGUCUACGCUAACUCACAAACGCUCGACGGUCGCCGCUUCGCCGAAGAAUUCGUCCGUCGCCGCAAACUGGCUGAUAAGGGCGUCGUCGACCCCGCAUCCCUGAAUGCCGGCAGCAAUGGGUUCGGCACCGUGCCAGACUCCAAUGGCUCUGACGGCUGGAACGAAGUUGCGAAGAAGGGAAGCCAAUCUGCUGCCCAUCGCGAGGACACGAGUAAUGCGCCGUUUAAGGUUGUGGCGGCGAAGAAGAAAGGGAAGCGGUAGAUUUGGUUUGUGUCUUGUGUUUGCUACAGCGUUUUUACUUAUUAAGAUGUUUUACUUAUUAAGAUGUGAGCGGGUUUGUGUUGUGGUGUGAAAUUGAUAGGAUAACGACAGGAUACGAUAGGAUGGGGAACGUGUUGCCAUGCAUAAAGCAACUGGAAGGGAAGUUGCUUGGGCUUUGUUUGCAAGAGUCUUUUAGGGUAGCGGAGAGGGGAGGGGGGGAGGGGGGGAGGAUGUGUGUUUGCGUGUGUUUGUUAGGUGCAGUGGUUCUUUCUGAGCGUUCCUCUUGCGUACUGUAUCCGCAUUAUAGCCCUCUCCUCCCCUUGCAGCCUCAUACUUAAGCUCCUCUAUUUUUUUUUAAGCUUCUUAACUUUUGCGAUAAUUCUCAUCGCCGGUCAGCUAGCGACAACUAAUAAACCCGAUACACUUCCCAGCUAGGUUGUUACGAUCAAAACGGUUCCUUAAAUGUAUCUCCCUUUCUCCCCCUUUUCUUUUUCACAACACCACCCACUAUCAGAGUACUCUAAACUCCCCUGUACCGUCUUCCUUACCUUUCGAGUUCCUUCGAAGUUUUGAAAUGUCUUCACGCUACUAUGUCUCUCUUUUGUAAUCACUCUGUUCCCGUACACUUCUUUAUCCAAACUAUUCGCCUUGCUCAUGUUCCUCCUCCCUUGCGCGGUAGGUAACACACGAGGGUUAUCUGCAGCCACAAGCAACAACACCUCACGGCGUUGUGUGAGAUAGUUCUUUUUCUUUUUUAACAGUUGCUGUUCCUAUUACCUAAUGUUCCUUCUCUAGCCGCUCUCGCAAUCGAAUCCCUCGCGCGCUCUCCGGGGGAUGUCGCUUUGUUUUGAUUUUUAAGUAGAGUUACGAGGUAUUGAUGAAUGCUUCUUGAGUAUGAUGGGUUUUUCUAACAGUGGUUUUUAUUUAGCAGGUGUUCGUUACAUCCAUAAGAAACCAAUGAGCUGUAAGGAAUUAACGUUGCAUGUAUUAGAAAAAUAUUUUCAAUCUCACAGUAUAGAGGACUAACCAGCACAUCUAGUAAUGUUAGAAGCUGAAAUUGACAUAACAACUUCUCUACCAUUGCAAUAAUACCGUGCUCACCAAAUGUCGGUAGGUAUCACGCAAUAUCUCUCUUCCUACAUACAUCACUACAAGUUAGUAUGCGCGCGAAACCUAAACUCGG